AUGGAGCGCCAGGUGAGGGCUCGGCCCGCGGUGCCCGUGGUCCUUGCAGCCCGGGCCGGGCCUGACCCUGGUGUGUCCCCUGCGCAGGUGCUGCUGAACGAGCCCGAGGAGGCGGCGGCGCUGUACCGGGGCCUUAGCCGCCAGCCCACGCUGAGCGCCGCCUGCCUGGGCCCGGAUGUCCUCACGCAGUACGGGGGCCGCUACCGGACGGUGCACACCGAGUGGACCCAGAGGGACCUGGAACGCAUGGAGAACAUUCGAUUCUGCCGCCAGUACCUGGUGUUCCACGAUGGGGACUCAGUGGUGUUCUCAGGGCCUGCGGGCAACAGUGUGGAGACCCGGGGGGAGCUGCUGAGCAGAGACUCUCCUUCAGGUGCCAUGAAAGCCGUGCUGCGCAAAGCUGGAGGCACAAGCCCUGGGGAGGAGAAGCAGUUCCUGGAGGUCUGGGAGAAGAACCGGAAGCUCAAGAGCUUCAACCUGUCGGUGCUGGAGAAACAUGGGCUUGUGUACGAGGAUGACUGCUUUGGUUGCCUGUCCUGGUCGCACUCGGAGACACACUUGUUGUAUGUCGCAGAGAAGAAGCGCCCGAAGGCUGAGUCCUUCUUUCAGACAAAAGCCUUGGACAUCAGUGGCAGCGAUGAUGAGAUGGCCAGGCCGAAGAAACCAGACCAGGCCAUCAAGGGGGAUCAGUUUGUGUUUUAUGAAGACUGGGGAGAAAACAUGGUUUCCAAAAGCACUCCUGUGCUCUGCGUGCUGGACAUCGAGAGUGGCAACAUCUCUGUGCUUGAGGGGGUCCCUGAGAGUGUGUCCCCUGGACAGGCAUUCUGGGCCCCUGGAGACACGGGCGUGGUGUUUGUAGGCUGGUGGCAUGAGCCCUUCCGGCUGGGCAUCCGCUUCUGCACCAAUCGCAGGUCAGCCCUAUACAAUGUGGACCUCACCGGGGGUCAGUGUGAGCUUCUCUCGGAUGACUCUCUGGCUGUGUCUUCUCCCCGUCUGAGCCCAGACCAAUGUCGCAUCGUCUACCUGCGGUACCCAUCUCUGGUCCCCCAUCAUCAGUGUAGCCAGCUGUGUCUGUAUGACUGGUAUACCAAGGUCACCUCAGUGGUGGUGGAUGUCGUGCCUCGGCAGCUGGGAGAGAACUUCUCUGGGAUCUACUGCAGCCUGCUGCCUUUGGGAUGCUGGUCGGCUGACAGCCAGAGAGUGGUUUUUGACUCAGCUCAGCGAAGCCGGCAGGACCUGUUCGUUGUGGACACCCAGAUGGGCACCGUGAGCUCCCUGACAGCUGGGGGGUCAGGUGGAAGCUGGAAGCUGCUCACAAUUGACCAGGACCUCAUGGUGGCACAGUUCUCCACGCCCAACCUGCCCCCAAGCCUGAAAGUUGGGUUCCUGCCUCCUGCAGGGAAGGAGCAAGAAGUAUUGUGGGUGACUCUGGAAGAGGCCGAGCCUAUUCCCGACAUUUCCUGGGCCAUCCGGGUACUGCAGCCACCCCCAGAACAAGAGAACUUGCAGUAUGCUGGCCUGGACUUUGAAGCAAUCCUUCUGCAGCCCAGCAACCCUCCAGAUAAGACCCAAGUGCCCAUGGUGGUCAUGCCCCACGGGGGACCCCAUUCAUCCUUUGUCACUGCCUGGAUGCUGUUCCCAGCCAUGCUUUGCAAGAUGGGUUUUGCAGUACUCCUGGUGAACUAUCGUGGCUCCACGGGUUUUGGCCAGGACAGCAUCCUCUCCCUUCCCGGCAAUGUGGGCCACCAGGAUGUGAAGGACGUCCAGUUUGCAGUAGAGCGGGUGCUCCAGGAAGAACACUUCGACGCUGACCGAGUGGCUCUUAUGGGUGGUUCCCACGGUGGCUUUCUCUCCUGCCACCUGAUUGGUCAGUACCCUGAGACCUAUGGUGCCUGUGUGGCGAGGAACCCUGUGAUCAACAUCGCCUCCAUGAUGGGCUCCACCGACAUCCCUGACUGGUGGGUGUGCUCCACAGGUCCCUGCCCUUCUCUGUGUUGCCUCAUCCCCGACACAGAGCCCCCGCAGGCUCCAGGGCUCCUGGGGCUGCUUCAGUGCAGUCUCUUGCAGGUGCGUGGUGGAGGCUGGUUUCCCCUACAGCAGCGACUGCCUGCCAGACCUCAGCGUGUGGGCCGAGAUGCUGGACAAGUCACCCAUCAAGUAUACCCCUCAGGUGAAGACCCCGCUGCUCCUGAUGCUGGGCCAGGGGGACCAGCGCGUGCCCUUCAAGCAGGGCAUGGAGUAUUACCGUGCCCUCAAGGCCCGGCACGUGCCUGUUCGGCUCCUGCUCUACCCCAAAAGCACGCACGCACUUUCGGAAGUGGAGGUGGAAUCAGACAGCUUCAUGAAUGCUGUGCUCUGGCUGCACACGCACUUGUGCAGCUGAAGCCCUCCCUCCCUGCGUGAGCUGGUUGGCAUGAGCCGCACUUCGCGCUUGGUGAGCCCCGGGGUCUGGCGGAUUGGCGAGAGGAUUCCUGGGCUCUGGACCUCAUGGAUGGGUGAGCCGAGGAAUGUAGGCUAUAUGGUCAUAAUAAAUGAGGACAAA